AUGAAAUAAAAUAGAGUUUCUAUAUUGACUAAAUAAAACAUAAGAUAUGAAGGAUCUGUUUAUGCAAUUGAUAAAAUUCGUAAAACAGUAUUUCUAAAUGAUGUGAGGUGUAUGGGAACUGAAAAUAGAGAAGCAUCAAUUUUUAUUCCACCAUCAACAAAAAUAACUUAAAUGGCAGAGUUUACUAAUGAAUAGAUUUUAGAAAUCAAAAAAUUAGUAUUGCUUUUUGUCUAUUUGAAAGAGCAAUAAUGAUUUUCCAGAGCAUUUACCUACUACUUACAAAGAACAUACUCAAAGUUCUCAAAAUUAAAAAUUGACAUCAAAAAUUCUAAAUCAAAGUUGCACUUAUGAAAUAACCAGAUCACCUUUGCCCAAAAUAACAACUAGAAAAAAUAGACACUUUCUAUCAUAAAGUCCAAAUCCUAGGAAAUUCGAUUAGAAACCUGUUUAUAUUACAAAUAAUUAUUUACAAUUGAAGAAAAUGGAAUAAUUCAAAAAAAUGCUUAUGUUUAGAUAUAACAGAUGA